AUGAGCAAGGAGACCAUUGAUGCUACAGGAGCUGAAUUCUAUGUUAAAAAUCUUCUGGUGACACCUGUAAAUCAUGAGUUUUCCAUAAACAAACUCCAGAUCACUCCUACUGUCACUGCUAUUCAAACAGCUAUCCUCCAGGAAGUGCUGCAAGCCCAGCUGCUGGUCCAGUCAUUCUGCACUAAUGCAGGGCCAAACUGGGCCAACAGAGUUGGAAAGCAACGUUCAUGCAACUAUGUGGGACCGCCCCAAACCUGGAGGGAUAAUGAUGAGACAACAAAGGAAGAGAAGGCUCCUGUGAAGGAAAAGUAUGUUCCAAAACCAAAGGCAAUUCCAUCUCUUGGAAACAAGAAUAGAUUCCACCCCUAUUCAAAGGAUAAGAAUUCGGGCACCGGAGAAAAGAAGACUAUUAACCGUAAUAGAGUUUUCAUUAGCAACAUCCCAUAUGACAUGAAAUGGCAAGCCAUUAAAGAUCUCAUGAGAGAGAAAGUUGGUGAGGUUACAUACGUGGAGCUGUUUAAGGAUGCUGAAGGAAAAUCAAGGGGUUGUGGUGUGGUUGAAUUCAAAGAUGAAGAAUUUGUGAAGAAAGCUUUAGAAACAAUGAACAAAUAUGACCUUAGUGGAAGACCCCUGAAUAUCAAAGAGGAUCCUGAUGGUGAACAUGCUCGCAGGGCAUUGCAGCGUGUAGGAGGACCAUUCCCAGGAGGACAUGGACCCGAUAUGGCACCUGGAUUGAUGAAUUUACCACCUUCUAUUCUCAAUAAUCCAAACAUUCCUCCUGAGGUUAUCAGUAAUUUGCAGGCUGGCAGACUUGGGUCCACUAUUUUUGUUGCUAAUCUUGACUUUAAAGUUGGUUGGAAAAAAUUAAAAGAGGUAUUCAGUAUUGCUGGAACCGUAAAACGUGCAGACAUCAAAGAAGACAAAGAUGGCAAGAGUCGAGGAAUGGGAACAGUGACUUUUGAACAAGCAAUUGAAGCAGUUCAAGCAAUAUCUAUGUUCAAUGGACAGUUCCUGUUUGAUAGGCCCAUGCAUGUAAAAAUGGAUGACAAAUCUAUUCCACAUGAAGACUUCCGUGUAGGAGACAACAAAACACCACAAUUGCCCCGUGGCCUUGGAGGCAUUGGAAUGGGACUCGGACCAGGUGGACAGCCCAUCAGUGCAACCCAGCUGAGCAUGGGUGGAGGAAUGGGGAAUAUGGGACCAGGAGGUAUGGGAAUGGAUGGCCCAGGAUUUGGAGGAAUGAACAGAAUGGGAGGAGGGGUUAUUGGAUUUGGAAUGGAAGGCAUGACUAACAUGGGUGGAUUUGGUGUCAGCAGAAUGGGAGGAAUGGGUAAUGUUGAUGACUUCAGAGGAAAUAUGGGCAGUGGAAUGAGCGGAGGAAUAGGAACUGGUAUGGGAGGCAUGGCAACUGGCAUGGGAGAAAUGUUCCGUGGUGGAAUGGGAGGAAGAAUGGAAAGAGAUUUUGGUAGCAGUGAUAUGGCCCUGAACCGUGGCUUCGGAGAUUCUUUUGGAAGAAUGGGUGGUGCAAUGGUUGGUGGUUUUGCAGGAGGAAUGGGAACUCCUAGCAUGGGCCCAGUAGGAUCUGGAAUGAGUGGUGGAAUGGGUGGUAUGAACAGUAUGACUGGAGGAAUGGGAAUGGGGAUGGACCGAAUGAGCUCUAGCUUUGAUCGAAUGGGACCAGCAAUGGGAGCUGGCCUGGAAAGAAACAUCGAUAUGGAUCGAGGAUUUGUAGCUGGCCCAAUGGGAAGUGGCAUGAGAGAGAGACUAGGCUCUAAAGGCAAUCAAAUAUUUGUCAGAAAUCUUCCUUUUGACUUGACCUGGCAGAAACUAAAGGAGAAAUUCAGUCAAUGUGGUCACGUAAUGUUCGCAGAAAUAAAAAUGGAGAAUGGAAAAUCAAAAGGCUGUGGAACAGUCAGAUUUGACUCGCCAGAAUCUGCUGAAAAGGCCUGUAGAAUAAUGAAUGGCAUAAAAAUCAGUGGCAGAGAAAUUGAUGUACGCUUGGAUCGCAAUGCAUAAUUUAAAACUGUGUGUUCAGGAACAUUCCUAUGUCUGUUUAGCUUCUCUAUCCUAGUAAGUCAUUUUUAGUAACAUUGUAUGCUUACAAAAGCUGUAAAAACGAACUUUUAAAUCCCACCAGCCUUUAACAGUAUAGUGUUUAAUAUACUGUGAUUCUUGUUAACUGAAUCUUACUAUGUUUGGUUUUUAAAGACAGCUGCCUGUUUUUUGGAGGCACUGAGCACCUGCAGGUCCCAUUACAGAUGGUGGAAGCUGUGGAUGCUCUGCACCUUUGGAGAAUUAGGCCAAGUGUCUCUAGUCAUUCAGUUUAAAUGAAUGGUUAUACCGUUUUUAAUAAAAUAAGCCAUUUUCUCUGUUAAUCUCAAGAUUGCAUAGUGGGAUAUGUUUAGUGUUUCAGAUUUUUCCCCCAUCCUGUAUCAACAUUGUAAUGUAAAAAUUUAGACUUUUUUUCAGAAUUUUGCUUUUAUAUAUGCAUUGUAGUUACACUGUUUAUUCUUGAUUCUAAAAGAAAAGGGCUCCAAGUAGGCUGUGAUGCUUUUUGUUCUACUUUUAAGAUUACUUUUAAGCCAUGGUUUAGAAGUUCUGUAAAUAAGUUUUAGAGCCCAGAGGGAGUUUUGGAUUUUUUU